AUGCAGUCUCUCCGCGCCGCCGCCGGCAGCGCCUCGCGCACCGUCACCCGCACAGCAGCUCCUCAGCAAUCGACGGCUGUCGCUGCUCGCCGCACCUUUUCAAGCUCACAAGUAAAGCGCGUGCAGUACGACCCACCCACCGGCUGGCUGUUUGGCGUCAAGCCCGGCGAGCAGUAUGAGAAGGAGGGGUGGGAAGGAGCUAUGUUCUGGGGAUUCGGAGGUGCAUGUGCAUUUGGCGUUAUAGCGUAUGCUUUCAAGCCUGAUACUAGCAUCCAGACCUGGGCUCUAGAAGAGGCAAGGCGAAGACUCGAAGCCGAGGGUAUCCUGCAGGACCCGGAUACCGUUAAGAAGGAGUAA